UCUUUCCAUUCUCCUCCCCUACCAUAUUCACCCAACCCCCUAGCUGCCGGCCGCACUGCAGAAGGUCAGAAGCAGAAGAAGAGGAGAGAGGCAGCGAGAGGCAGAGGGAGACACAGGGUGGGGUGCUUGGAUGUACAUGAACAUGCCGACAGGAGAGCGUGUGGACGAGCGAUGACAGCCAUGCUGAGCCCAAAGAUCAGACAGACCAGGAGAGCCAGGUCCAAGAGCAUGGUGAUGGGUGAGGUGUCUCGAGGCCCAUGCCGGCCGGCCUCCCCCAGCCUCCAGGAGGGGGCGUUGAAGGCCGGCUGGCUGAAGAAGCAGCGCAGCAUCAUGAAGAACUGGCAGCUCCGAUGGUUUGUGCUGCGCUCAGACCAGCUCUACUUCUACAAAGAUGAGGAAGAAACCAAACCGCAGGGCUGUAUACCCCUGCAGGGAUGCCAGGUCAACGAACUCACAGCGAACCCGGACGAACCAGGAAGACACCUAUUUGAGAUCGUACCAGGUGGAACAGGAGACAAGGACCGGGCCCCCAUCAGCCAUGAAUCCUUCCUGCUCAUGGCAAACUCCCAGACUGACAUGGAUGACUGGGUCAAGGCCAUACGACGGGUCAUCUGGGCGCCAUUUGGAGGAGGGAUCUUUGGCCAACGUCUAGAGGACACGGUGCAGUACGAGAAGAAGUUUGGCCCCCGCCUGGCUCCCUUGCUGGUGGAGCAGUGUGUGGACUUCAUCAGAGAGAGGGGUCUGGAUGAAGAGGGUCUCUUCCGGAUGCCAGGACAGGCCAACCUCGUCAAAGAGCUGCAGGAGGCUUUCGACUGUGGGGACAAGCCUUUGUUUGACAGUAACACAGACGUCCACACGGUGGCAUCAUUGCUGAAGUUGUACCUCCGAGAGCUGCCUGAACCAGUGAUCCCCUUCUCCAAAUAUGAAGACUUUCUGACCUGUGCGCAGCUUUUGGCCAAAGAUGAGGAGGAGGGGGUCCAGGAGCUUGAAAAGCAAGUUAGCACUCUACCUCUGCCCAACUACAAUCUCCUCAAGUACAUAUGCAAAUUCCUUGAUGAGGUCCAGUCCCAUUGUAAUGAGAACAAGAUGAGUGUCCAGAACCUCGCCACAGUAUUUGGACCAAAUAUCCUUCGACCUAAGAUGGAGGACCCUGUCACUAUCAUGGAAGGUACAUCUCUGGUCCAGCAUCUGAUGACUGUCCUCAUUAGGGAACACAACCGUUUGUACUCAGGGAGGGACCUGGAAGGGCCCGCUCUACCCCAAACUGAGCUCCCGAUCCAGGGGCAUCAGCUCCAACAUCGCAGCUUGGGAGCUUGGAUCUCUGAAGAAGAUCUGCAGACCUGUCCCAUCUCCAACCCCGACCAAGAACUGCACAGUAGUGCCUCGUCGCUGGAUGCCAAACUGUGUGCAGCUGUCACUCCCACCCAGACUCCCAAUCCAAACACGGGACCAAAACUUGGGUCUCCAUCAGGGAAGGGCGAGACAGUGGUCAGCCCAAGCAAACAAGCCAAGACCAUACCUUCCUGGAAAUACUCAUUCAAAAGCUCCUCAGCACCUCGUUCCCAGCAGCAAGCUAAGCAGAGCAGCAGCGGCGGCUCAGUGACAGAUACAACCAGCGUGUCUUCGGGUGGUGGAGGAGGUGGAAGCGGAGGUAACUGGCUCAUGAAUGGUUUGUCCUCCUUGAGGGGACACCGGCGCACGUCUUCAGGUGAGCGUUCUGCUCGUGAUCGCGACUCCACUGGCUCGUCUCAGAGGCUCUCCACCUACGACAACGUCACUUCUUCCUCCAGCAUGGGCAGCGUUCCAAGUGUAUCCAGCACACCGUGGUCCACGUCCUCUUGUGAAAUCUCCGUCCCCGACUCCGGAAGUGAGCCAUCACCACAUCAGAACUGUCGAGGUGGGGUAGAGGGUGGAGAAAAAGGUGAGUGGAUGGAAGGCCAGAGAGAUAUUGACAGAGGAAGGGAUGGAGGGAUGACAACAGAGCCGAGCUCUGAGCAGGACAGUUGUGAGGCCAUGGAGCUGUGCAGCAGCAGUGCAGUCUGCAGCGAAAAUGGAAACAUAGCCAUGGUCGCCGGGGUGCCGUCCAUCAUCAUGUCCGAAGAUGAAGAUAGGACAAACCUAACACUAAGUAGCUUGGCGGAGGGACUGAAGGAAGAGUUGAGAAAACAGAAGACUUCAUAUGAGGCCAGGAUCCAAAAACUGGAGGAGUCCAGCGCUGCUCUCUGUGCCCAGAUGGAGCGUUUGGAACAAGAGAUGGAGCAGGAGAGGAAGAAGCAACGCAUGCUGGAGAUCAAACUACGAAACUCCGAGCGGGCACGGGAGGAUGCAGAGAACCGCAACCGGCUGUUGGAGAAGGAAAUGGAGGAUUUCUUUUCCACACUGGGGGAUCUGGCCCUGGGUGCGAGAACUAGUGACAUUUGAAACAGCAUGGCCUCUCAUCUGUCUGGGGCCAACACUGUAGCUGUGGUCCAGGUUUACAUUUCAGGGCCUGGUUGUCUUUAAAGGGCUCAUGUCCUCAGUGUAUCAGGACGUUCCUUCAAAAGAAGAGCUGAACAACAAAAUAAAAGGCACCAUAUUUGUGCACAUUCAGGACAAGUUGGAAGGAAAUUAAAAUGUAGAGAUGACUGAGGAAAUUCUAAAAGAAGUAAAUGUCAAACUGGGACUGACUGUGUGAUCCCUACCAGGAUGGUCUCCACAGAGAAAUGAACAGUUUAGACUUUCUUACGCAUGCUUGAAAGUGAACGUUAAGAAGAUGUGAUGAUCCUUGUGAAUAGUCCAGGGUUUGUCUUGUGAAGGCAGUAUUUUAAACAGUUCAGGUGCUUGUAACGUGAUCAGUGGAACAUAAUGCAAUUUCCCCGACAUUCUCUAUAAUGGAGAGCACUGACUUCUUCAACCACUACUUUACAAGGACACUCAGUGAAUGGAUUUUGUGCUGAAACUGCAAGACUUGUUAGAAAUGUCAAUGUUGAAUGCAGACACCUGACUGAUAUUUAUCUUUAUGGGGUAUUUAUCUCAAAGCAAUAGUUUGACAUUUUGGGAAAUACGCUGAUUUGCUUCCUUACAGACAGUUGGAUUAAAAGUUUGAGACCACUUUUAUGUCUAUAGGUCAAAUAAGGAGCUACAGCUUGCAGCUGAUUAGCCUAGCAUAACACAAAGAGAAGGAAAAGGCGAGCCUAUCUCAGCAUGACGGUAGAAAUACCCACAUCACCUCUAAAGCAAAUUAAUUAGUAUCUUAUAUCUCAUAAACUGAAAACUACAAUAUGUGCUUUUUUACAGGAGGUUACAGUCUUCAUGUUAACCCAAGCUAGCUGGCUCUAGCUUUAAUAUAUUUAGUGGUGUCAGUCUUCUUAGCUGACGUAGCUCACUUCUUAGCUAAGUUUUCUUCCCAAAAUGUCAAGCAAUUUCUUAUACUGCAGGGUCACUUCAGCCUGUAGUGGAAGCUAGCUAGUUAUUUUCUUUUUGUCCAGGCUUUGAAAAUACAAGAGUUAAAAUAGUAAUUUUUUGAAUGUGGUUUUAAUGCUGUGAGUACCAGACAUGGAAUUCAAACUGAGUGGUAGUGAUGGCCAAACUCCCACUGAUGUACUUUUCACUUUACUCUUCAAACCUGGGCAACAGAAAGUAUUUGUAUCCACUAGUUGUAAGUAUUUUAUGUCAUUUGCGUGAACUGACUCUUUAUUAACAGCGGAAGCUUUAGCAGAGGUUCCUCCACUUGCAUCUAUCCUCCUCCAUAUUUAUAAAAAAAACUUGAUUUUCCAAAACUGAAGCAUUAACAGAUGGGAUUUCUGCCAUAGCUGCCUCUAAAUCCUCCUUUGUCCUCAGGCCCUUCCAGUGCCUCUAUCGUCACCAUCCUCGUGGUUUCCAAGUCCAUUUGAUGGCAAAGCCUCAGUCUUCGGUUCUCUCCGAUCCUCACUGAUGUCAGUAUACCUUUAACGUACAGACAACGAAAACAAUUCUUCAAGCAUUUUCAUCUUUGCGCAUGCUGUCUAGUACACAGGACAUGUGGCUCAUUUACAGUACACAGUAAAUACCAAAGCUGGACCGCCUCAGCUGUUCGCUCACUACAGAUCAGAAUGGCCUGCCUGGAAGCCAUGUUGAUUUUGGCACAUGAAGCUGAACACUGCCCUCAAAGAAACAAUGGAGUUUCCUGGUUGUGCCUUCAGGGAAGUGCUUUUAAAUAGGAAAAAUGUAGUGUUGCUUGCUUGUCCAGAGAUGUAGUGCAUAUAUUCGCCCAUAGUACACACAGAGGCUGCAUUGGGUUUUUUUCAAUAUGGAACAAACUGCUGAUGAAUCCCCAGAAGGUGCCAAUUCUUGUGAAAGUGAAUUGUGAAUUGAAUGGAAGUUUUGCAUUAAGAAUGUAUCCUUGUAGUGAAUGUAAUGUGUUGUUGACGAAACCAGCCCUAAGGGAAAAAAAAUGUAAAUGAUUAACAGAGGGAGGAAAAAUUCUAAUUACAUACACAACAAUUACACCCACAUUUCUGGCUCCAGCUGGGCUGUAUGGAAGACCAAACCUGCCAUAAUCAAAAACAAAUGAAUACAUUACUUAAUAAAUAUAUUAUUAUGGAUUAAAAUGCACUAAAAAUAAUAAUCAAAAAUAUUCAUUAAUUUAUAAAAUAUUAAAUAAAUUGCCAUUACUGGCGCUUCUGUAUUUAAUAACCUUUGUAUUAAUUAGCCUAUUUAUUUACUUUUCCAUACUUUAUUUAAAUUUCAUUUUUAAAUGAAUCUCUUUGCUUUCCCUCCAAUUUAUUUAAUAACUUGUUAAUUUGUGUUUUUAAAGAAAAUUUUAACGGUAUACAAAUACAUAAAUAUAUACAUAGGCAAAUUUAAAAAUGAGUAAAUUAAUACAGAAAAGUAAAUUAAAUGAGAAUACAAAGGUAAAUAUAAACCAAAUUAAAAGUGCUAUUUUAAUUAAUUUAUUUUUGAAUAUAAUUUUUGGUACAUUUAAUGCCAUAUUAACCUUUUUUUUUUUUUUUUCACUAUCAUUUUGGCAGCUUUGGUUUUCCAUACUGCUGGUUGUGUGAUUAGGAUAAUUUCUAUUUGUUUCUAAGCUAAAUGAAGACUUGCAUAUAUUUGUGAAAAUUGCAUGUGGUUAUACUGUUGAAAAUGUUUUUUCAGCAUAUCGUCACCAAUGAGAAGGGUGUCCAGCAGUAUCAUAAAUAACUAAGUUUUAAAGGGCCUUCUGAGUGUUAUAAUAGUAAGUGGGUUUUCGGCUGGACAAUGUGACUGUUUUAUAAAGAACAAAAAGACAAUGUUAUAUUCUUUUGCACAGGUUUACAAGGUAAUUGUCCUUUAUGAACUGGUCACUCACAGUUCUGAAUAUAACAGUCUAAACUGACAGCAGGUUCUUUGAUUCCUACAGGCAUAUUUUCCUCUUCUGUAUGUCUCGUGACUAAAGCUACAUGUUUCUUAUUGCUCUGCUGAUCAUCCAUGGUGCUUAUUUAUUAUGGGUUUCCACUAUUGUAAUGAAUGGCCAUGUAUGGGAAUAAAGGUGACAAAGAUUACAUGUGA